CGUUGCCUUCUAUGGUGGUAAUUAAAAGCAGCUGGCUCUAAAUAUUGUACAAAUGUAGCCUCUCUCUGUGUUAGACUGUUACAUUUAUCACAUAAUUGUCCUUCCCCCUUCCCUUCUCUCUUUUUUCCCUCUCUCUCUCUUUCUAGGGUACCUAUAUUCAUGAAGGUGGUCAGUUUUAGCCCUCUCAAAAUUCUCAUAGAGCUGUGAAUAAGUUUUUCAGAACCCUCUCUCUCUCUCUCUCUCUCUCUCUCUCUCUCUCUUUAUUUCUUUUGUUUCUCAUACACACACACAGUCCACACAUACUGAAAAAGAAUGGCUAGGUUAGGUCGCUUUCGAGCUCCCACCUCUGCACCCACCCACGUGAUAUGUUCAAAUUAAGACUCAAAGAGAGAGAUAUCAUCAGUUGCACAGCUACCUCUUAUAUAGCUCAUCAGCUUAGCCAUAGCUUUAGCUUUAGCUUUACCUAGCUAGCUCCCUUAAGUACCCUUCUUCUCUGCAACCCUGAGCUCGUCCCUCUUUCCAUAUUUCUUAUAUCCACUCGCUUUCUUCCUUUCUAUCUCUCUUUCUCGUCACCACUGUUGAUUGCACUUGCCUUUUCUCUUAGAAGAUUAUUUAAGGUCAUGAAUAUGAAUAGUGAACCAAAUACCAGUUUCCUGAUCUUCUUUUAGCUCUACACACCACCACCAACAAGGAGUCAAGACCGCCAUCACCCUCAUCAGGUUGUGCACUUUAUGUUUUUUUCUUUAUGGCUUGGCAGUAGUUGCCUCCCCUUUCUCUUUAAAGUUCUCUUUCUAGCUUAAUUACAUAUCCAUAUCUACAUAUAUUGUAGCAGAACAGUCACCCCCGGCCUCUCUUAAUUUCUGUUUACUGUUGGUGUUGCGUUCCGGCGGUUCAAAACAGUACCCGUUGAAGAGACUUUCCAUCAUCCAAAAUCUAAGGGUUGAGAGAGAGAAGAGAGAGAGAGCUAAUUAAUUAAGAUCCAUUAUUAUAUGACCAUGUUUCCUUCUAGCAGCAGCGCUAGUAAUUACCAGCUGCCUUUUCCAUGUGAUACCAACCAGCAGCCGCAGCUGCACGAAAAGUCCUCUACAAAUAUCAUUGAUCAACAUGGUCAUGAAAACCCUAACUCAAUAUCACAUGAUGACCAUCAUAUUCGUCAGUACUAUUCACACUACUCUGAAGAUCAUCAGCAGCAGGCACCUAAUAAUUUUCUUGAACACGACGGGCUGCUUUUGAGCUACUUGCUAUCUCAGCAGCAGCUCUUGGUUGGCAGCUCCAGUCCCAAUAUGAACAGUGCUACUUCUCAUCAUGUUCAAGCUCAUGAUACUACUGAAAUCAGCGUUGUGGCUUCCAAUUCAAACAAAAAAGUAAUGGAUCGUGUUGACGAGGAUCGGACCUCCCCAGCUGCAACUUCGAAAGGGUGCUCUUCAAAGAAGAAGAGCAAUACAUCAAAUGGAGAAAGCAAGAACGCGAAGGCUCCUCGAAAGAGAUCAAGCGGGAAUAAGGACAGGCACAGCAAGAUCUACACAGCUCAAGGCCCAAGAGACCGCAGAAUGAGGCUGUCUCUUCAAAUUGCCCGCAAGUUCUUUGAUCUUCAAGACAUGCUGGGGUUUGAUAAAGCCAGCAAAACCAUCGAGUGGCUUUUCACAAAGUCCAAGACUUCCAUCAAGGAACUCAAGCAGCACCUCAACAUCUCACCCCUGGCAGCUUACAGCUGUAGCACCAAUGCCAACGCUACUUCUACCAGCACAAUCACUGCAAAGAUGAAUUCGUCCACUUCUGAGAAUAGCGAAGUUGCAUCCAAGAUUCAGGAGACUGCAAUUGGCGACGUACACUCGAUUGGGACAUUGGAAAGAGAGAAAAAGAACAGGAAGUUAUGUGUGGUUGCGAGGGAAUCGAGGGUCGAGGCAAGAGCAAGGGCAAGGGAGAGAACAAGGGAGAAGAAGAUGAUGAGGACCAGAUCAGGCGGUCACUACUUAUGGUCUUCUAAUUGUCCUAAUGAUCAAUUGUUUGAACCUGGAAUGAUGAUGAAUUCCAUGGUGAUGAGCAUCAAUCAUCAUGAUGAGAAGGUUGUGGGCAGCACAACAAUUCCCAGUGGAGCAAAUUCCGAGGAUUAUGAUUUUCCAAGUUUUCCUGGGAAUUGGGGCCAAUUCAAUUCCAAGAACAUUACAGGUAAUAACGUGCUGCAAGUAGAUCCAAACCCUAGUAACUCAUCAACUAUGGCCACUGCUCCUCCUACCCCAUACCCCCUAGAACAAAAGCCUAGUUCAGUUUUCAUGUCCACCUCAUCAAGCAUGCAAGAACAAAAGCCUAGUUCAAUCUUCGUCACAACCUUGAUUGCUGAAGAUCAAAAUCCCACUACUUCUUCAAAUUUUGGGACCAAUUCAAGUAUUGUUUUGCAGUCCCAGUUCCUUGGAAAUUAAUGAAUGGAAAGACCAAUCUUAGUUUCUUGCACCUCCUCCAAUUCCUUACAAUACGGUGUUUGUAUGAAAGUGUGGAUAAUUUUCUUUGAUAUAUAGCGGGCGCAUGAGUGAGUAAUAUGUUUUCAGGAGUGUUUGUUGAACUUUUAUUCCAAUUUACUAGCAAAUUUAAUUUGAGGAUGUCGAUUUAUAAAAAUUGUGCAGUGUCAGGUGCUUUCAUGUCAUCAAUUGCUAAUUGCAUAAAUUCUCCAUAUAAUGUUUAUUCUCAAGAAUUCCAGUUAUUAAAAACAAUGUCUUAACUUCAUGUUUAUAUUUGUAUUUACCAGCUAAUUAAGUCCAAUCUACAUAUAUGC